CGUUUGUUUGCUUGUAUUUUGUUUUCUGGAAAACAUUUUUAUCAUUUUCCACCAUUUAUUUGGUGGAAAACAAAUUCCCACUGUAAAAGCUUUUCCAAAAUUGGGGAAAAUUGGCUCCUUCUUUAGGGAAAAUGUCUUACACUUUUUCUUUCAGUAAGACAUUAAGUGUAAGACAUUUCCCAAAACACAGGAAAAUUUUUUUCCCCUUUCCUCUUCCCCUUCUCCUUCCCCUUAGAUUGCAAAAGAGAAAAAUUUACAAAUAGAAACUGAAGGAAGAGUCUGGAAAAGGCAAUGCUAAGCAUAUAUAGCAAGAAAGAUUCUCUUUCUUUUAAUCUUUCAUUGAAUUUUUUUUUAUUGAUUCACAAAGUGAAAAUUAAAGACAAAAACCAUAGCUGAUGGACAGGGGAAGAUGGAAGAGAGGGGUGGUGUCUCAUGGAAUGCUGUCGUUGUUAGCUCUUCACCCCGUCAACGAAUAUUAUCGACUGCCGUGGAAGCCGCCAGUCACUGCCGUUCUUCUCGCCGCCAACACUCUGAUUUUUCUCAGGCCUUCUUUUUUAGAUUCUCUCCUCCCUUUUGUUGAUGAGGUUUGGUUCAAUCCUCAUCUUAUUCUCAAGCUGGAGGAAUUCCGUUAGAAAAAAGCAGUCGAGAAACCAAUAAGGCAGCAUAUACCCCCCAAACCAAUGUUUCUGAUGUUAGCUUAAAUGAAAAACAGCA